UAACGAAUGAGAACACAGUUCAAUGCAACAUCUGUCAAAUAACAGAUUAUUUGACGUUGCUUGAUUUUAUUCUUGAGCGAUUUCUGUAAGUCAGACUUGUGUUGAAAUGCCGGCGGUUCGAUUUCCGGCCCACGUGACGUGCUAAGACAUAAUCAGAUGAGUUUUUAUGGUGAAAUCGGGUGGCAGGGUUGACUCACUGGUUUGUAAUGCAGCACAAAUUAGUUUCUCUUUUAGACUGACGAUAGAUGAUUAACCGGAAUAAACGAACACUUCUGCUGGUGGUUUGCCAAUAGAUAGCUCCUUUGCCUAGAGGCAACAUCGUGUCAGACGGAGCACGCCUCGUAGAUCGACGCCUUCACGCCGCACAGAAAGUUCAUGCAAAUUUGAGCCGGUUUACUUUACCGUUUUUAAAGCACAACCAGUAAAAUGAGGCCUCGUGUGUGACGUAGGAAAGACGUCACUCUGGCUCUCUAGAGGUUUAAAUGUAACCUUAAUGCCAUUAAACUCACCACUAGUAUUGUCAAGACAAUAAGAGUCUCAUGCGCUCAUUUUCUUGCCUUCCCUUUGUUUUGUUUUUUUGCAGGAGCAUUUUUCUACCACAGAGGGUGAAAUCUUACAUCCGUCAGCUUUAAAUGUUAAAAUCUCUUAAUUGCAUUUCUGACUUGCUGGUGUUCUUUGAAGAUCGCACACCCCGCCCUCACUGCUUGUGUAGCUGAUGAUGUCAUCUUCACACAAACUAAGCGUGGCACGCUAAGUCAGUCACACUCGAAGGAAGCGACAUCGAAAGCGUCUGUCUUUCCUUGGGUUUCUCAGAGUGGUUUCAAAAACUCCCAUUACGUGUGUUGCAUUGGACUGAAGCUCGUAACCCGGAAAGAACAAAGAGAACCCGUCCUCCGUUUUGGAAAGCCAGAAAGGUCUUCUCGACCCCGAGUUCAGCACGCGGCAUCGUAUCAACAUGGCUGCUCGUAGUAGUGACAGUAAACAGAGGGGCGUGACUUCUCAGGUCCCACCUCCGAUUCUGAUUGAGUGUAGCAUCGUUUUUAAUACAUACCGGGAAGCUUUCAAAUAAGUGCUUGUGUUUCCGAGAAUAAUUUCCAUAUGUAAAAACUAGCAGCAGCGGCGAGAUUACGAACGUAAAGCCACCACUUUCUAAUAAAUCGAUCCUCAGAGAACAGUUGUACCACUGCUGAGUAUACGCCUAUUGACGGCUCAGUUCAGGAAAAGUGUCGCCUUUUCAAGCCAUGGUCAAGCUAAACUUGCGACUUCCGUCUGUUCUUUUCAGACCGGCACAUCAUGCAGAAAGUAUUCAAAUGAAGAUUUGCACCAACAAAGAAAAUAUAAUGCAAAUGUUGUUUUUUUUUUUUUAUUGUCCUGCACCUUUCCUGUCAUGUAAAGUAUCGAACAGCUUCUGUAAGCAUGGAUGAUCGUAAUACACUGGAAGUUCAGCGCAGUACGUUGAGUAGGAGCCGUAAGCCUUCAAAGAUUUUAACACACGAGCAAGUGGAGUUUAUUUUUAUCGUGCUCAGGCUGGCCUAGGACUGUGUUUAAUAAAAAAAAAUAUUCAUACGGUAUUUUUGAUGGAAAAUAUAGAUUUUUCCUCGUAAGUCCUGCUUAUAACCGACACCCUGCUUAUGCGGGAAGAUGUUAGACUUGUUUUAGGCUGUCUCGGCCUCUUUUUGCUUUGAACUACGCUUUUCUCAACGGACGCUAACCGAAACAAUUGCUGGCCCCGUUUUGCAAGCGGUUGGGUGGGGGAUAUUUAUUAUGCGUUUACAAUCCAUUUCAUUGUUCGUGAUUCAAGUAGGGAGGGAAAUUCAGCCUCUGGGGGGGGGUAAAAAAAAAAAAAAAGAAAAGAAAAAAUCUUUAUUUAUAUUUAACACUAUUGAUGUUAACAUGGAUUACAAACUGAGGCUUUAAUAUUUUUAAGAGAAAAAUCCCUAACAAAACAAAAAAAAUACACAUGGCUCUAGGACAGACCGUAUUCCGAAUAUAUUCAGUAAUUUAUGAGGUCUAUUUGUCUCCUGUUUUUGUAAUUGUGUUCAGCUGUUCUAGUCUCUUUGUGGUGAAAUGGGAUUUGUAGUGGGUCCCUAAAGCAUUUCUGCCACGAGGGAUUGAAAAUACCGAGCACAUGAUGGUUAUAAAAUGUGUUUGUUUCUUUUUCUAUGAAGUAGAACAGCAAAGAGAGUCACAAGACAGAGAGGCAGAGACCGGGUGGUGAAUGCUGGUACCAUGCAGGGACCUCGAAGAAAGCUGAAGGUCGUCGUGACGACUAUAAUGACUGCGUUCUUCUUCAUCAUCGUGGAAGUUUCGAGAAGCGGCGGCCAAGAUAAAAAUGGCCGGCACAAAAUUCGAAUCCCCACCAAACCAUUCUGGGGCAAACUGUCCCCCAAGGAGGCCUUCUGGAACCGCCAGCAGCAGAAACUGGACCAUUUGAACAACCCGGUCCUGAACGGACCAAACGCCACAGUCGGUGGCCUUCUGCCAGACUGGCUAAACGACACGGUUGCUCAGGACUCCUGCGAGCCGGACUUUCGGGUCAGGACGCAAGUGAGGAAUUUCAGCUUGCUUCCAGAUCGUUUUAAAGACUUUUUGUUGUACAUGCGAUGCAGGUCCUAUCGCAUGGUCGUGGACCAGCCUCAGAUAUGCAAAGAUCAGCCGUUCCUGCUGCUGGCCAUCAAAUCGUUGGAAUCACAUUUCGACCGGCGUCAGGCGAUACGAGAGUCCUGGGGUCGAGCCAGUCUCGUCGCAAACAAGUCCAUCGUGACCGUAUUCCUCCUUGGCAACGCCACUGCCGUGGACCACUUCCCAUACUUAUCGCCGAUGUUGGAGUAUGAAAGCUCCAUGCAUGGAGACAUCCUUCAGUGGGACUACAGGGACUCCUUUUUUAACCUGACUGUUAAAGAGGUCCUUUUCCUUGAGUGGUUCAACACUCGCUGUCCGGAUGUUAGCUUCAUAUUCAAAGGUGACGACGAUGUCUUCGUCAACACUGUCCUGAUUAUAGACUUCCUCAAGGGUCUGUCCCCUACCAAGGCGCAGGACCUGUUUGUCGGGGAUGUAAUAAUGAAUGCUGGACCUCACCGGGACAAGAAGGUUAAGUACUACAUCCCUGAGAACUUUUUUGUAGGGAGCUAUCCACCGUACGCAGGUGGUGGAGGGUACCUUUACUCCGGAAAAGUGGCCAAGAGACUCCAUGGGAUUAUGAACAGGGUGCCGCUGUACCCCAUUGAUGACGUCUACACGGGCAUGUGCCUGAGGAAGCUGGGACUCGCCCCGGAGAAGCACAAGGGGUUUCGCACUUUCGGCAUUGAGGAGAAAUAUCGUAACAACCCGUGUGCCUAUAAGAGCCUGAUGCUGGUUCACCCGAGAAGUCCGCAGGACAUGAUUAAAAUAUGGGCGUGGCUUAAGGACCCCACUUUAAAUUGUCAGUAAAACUUCACGCAAGGCCUUCUUACCAACCUCAGGGUUGCUAGUCUGUAUAUGGCAGCUAAGAUUAUUAUUAUUAUUAUUAUUAUUAAUGAUCAUGUGUGAGACGUGAGCUAGGCCCGUUUGUGCAUCGUGUCUCCGAAGUGAAUCAAAAGCUAAUGAACGUUUCAAAUUUCUUCAAGUUUAUGAAUAUCUCCAAUAGUGUUACAGGUUUUUACACAUCGACCAAACGUUGCUCUAUUACGUUAAUCUAUGUGCCGGUGUAGUUUAUGCUAAAGACAAUAGGAUCAUGGGAAGUUCAGCUGGUUUGAACUCAGUGCAGGAGGGGGGGGGGGACCCCGAUCACUAUAGUCGAGCAUCUUCUAUUAUUUAUAUUUUUGUUUUGGCUGUGUGAUAUAGGACAGUACGUGUUGUUGAAAACUGCUUGUGCUGCUUCUUUUUUUUUUUUUUUUUCCUCCCAAAGCUUGAAUCAUGAAGGUUAAACUAAAGCGUUACUGCGUUAAAAAAAGAAAGGAAAAAAAGGACCUGCAGUAAUCAGCUCCACGUGAUUAAUGUAUUGUGAAACGUUUGGCUUAUCUGUUGUUCCGGGAGUGCUGAUUCUCACACAUGUUGGCUGGUUUAGUUGUGUAGUUGUGAUUUUUGGGGUUUUUUUUUUUUUCUUUCAAGGUUCACUGUGUCACUCAUGUUUGAUUUGCCCCAAGAAUCCCCCCCCCCCCCCCCCCCCGAAGAGCUUUAUCACAGACAGGGCAGAAUGAAACAAGUUCACUGCAGUUGUGCUUAUCAGUUUAGCUGAAUUUAGGUCAGAGAAUAAGUAUUGUAGGUCAGGAAAGUGGCGUGUACUUUUCCUUGGUCAUGUAAUGACUGAUUAAAUUCUCUGAAUGAUUGAUAGGUUAUUUAUUCCUUUGUACGGUCAGUUUUUAUGCUUUGAAUUUAAUCAGGACGACACGUUAUUGUCUGUCCAGCCAAAAAUGCAUCAUGCUGCGUCAACAUCAUUUCCGUUCACCUCUUCGAAUGGGUUGCUGUACGACACCAAAAACACUGAUGAAGCAAGCUUCAAAAGAAAAGAGCGUUUUCCCAUGUCAGUAUUCAUCUGUCUGUGCCUACGCAACUGGAUAAUGAAACCAGACCGGACAAUGUAGUUUUGUUUAUAGUUUCCUCUCUGGGUUUGUUUUGCCAGAGACGCGUGAGCACGACGCUCCGUUCGCUGUUCUUUCACCACCAGGGCAAAGCAGAGGUCUUAUCUAUCUUAGAGUUACACCUGCUGGGCAGGUGCUGCAAUCACACCCUGCUUCCCUUUUUAAUCAAGACACUGGAUUCCUCUUUCCUUUUGGCAUGGCGCUCGAGUGGAAUGUUAAAACGCCGUGUCGUUUUUCACUGCUGAAAACCUACAAACCAAAAUAUUGCACAUUGUGCCUGCUUGCUGUAAAUAAAAAAAAAAUUUAAAAAAAAAUAAACAGAAAAUGUUUACACGUCAAGAUGGAUAGAUAAAUAAAUGGUUUAAAACAAAUGACUAUAUUUAUAGACUAUAUAGGUUUAUCUGCCAUUAUUUAUGAACCGGUGAGACUUUCCAACUGGAGUUCUGGCUGUGGAACCUUGCAGUUCUCGAAACCAGGACGAAGCCGAGUCCGUAUACUGAUCAACUUCAGCGAUCGUGUCAUAUGAUUUAUACGCUUUCACAUUUCAACGGGGACAGGAGUGACUUGUAUAUUUGCUUCUCUCUGAACCCUUAAACAUCCCUAGACGCUCUAAAUAAUAUCCCUGGGUCUCGUUAUUUUAGCAAAACACUUAACAGACCGAACAUUUCCAAUGUUAUUCGAUUCAAAUUGUACUUCGAUUCAAAUUGUACUUCGAUUCAAAUUGUACUUCGAUUCAAAUUGUAUUGAUUCUUUAUAGUCACGGUAUGACGAUUAUCCGAUAACAGACGUGACCUGAUUAUGCUUGCGCGAAACGGUUUGAUCCCAGCUCCGAGUGUUUGUACCGUUCGGAUGGUUUCUCGCGUCUUUUGAUACGGUGACUCGGGUCUGUUUUCCGUAGCUGUUAAAAAACAAACAAACGAACACAUGACGCAGUUUUAAAACGGUACCACAAAAACCAAACUUAAUCAAAACCUAUGUUAUAUCACAACAUAAGGAGACACUGUCUCUUUUUUUUUUUUGCGCUUUUUUUUUUUUUUACAUGCAAAUGUGCCUGUUCUUUAUUGCUGAUUAAGUAUCUAUUUGUAACUUAACAUGCACCUUUUUGUUUGAUUUCCCGAUUUAAAUAAAAAAUAAAACUUCAGUGUUUUUUUUACGUGCAGGUUGCCCCAUUCCUCUGUGUGUUCUGCACUGUUGUUACUUCAUGUUCAGCUUUGCUAAGUGUCGAUGUUUGUUCCUGCGCCUGCUUCGCAGUGGUGGGAAAUCGAUCAUUAGGAGUCACAUGUACACUGACGCAGCCACGAGGUCAAGAGGGGGGGAUAAGUCAAAGGAGGAACCAAGAGGCCAAAGGUGACUCUCUCGGCAUGAUGCUGCUACCACCACCAUGCUUCACUGCUUGGUUGAUCAGCAGUGAUGAGUCUCCGCCAAACAUUGUGCAAGGCCAAACACUUCAAUUCUGGUCCCAUCAAACCAGACAGCCUUUUUCCAUGUAGAGUUGUCCUGUGAGCAUCUUCACCCAUCUGAGCUGUGGGUCUCUCCUGCUACUUCAGCGUUUACAUUCAUCUCUCGGUUGCUUCUUUGCCUAAUCCUCUAUUUACCCGGUCACUACAUUUCGGAUAAUUCAUAAAUAAUGGAUUUAAUGUCGAAGGUUAGAAAGAGAGGUUUAUUGUAACCAAUCCCUGAACGCUGCUCUUCUAGAACUUUGUCCCUGGACUUGUUUUGAUCGCUCCUUGGUGUUCAUGAUGGCGUUUGUUCUCUAUCAAACGCCGAGGUCUUCCAGGAACAGGUGUAUUCGAUAAGGGCACGUGCUAAAUGUUGUAAAUGUAAACAUUGAGAUCAUGUGACAUUACGUGCACACAGAGUGACUCCAUUCAAACCGUUAUAUAACGUCUCAUGGCGACUGACUGCACCAGGACUAAUUUAGGGGUUUCACAGCAACGUAAAAAAAAAAAAAAACUUUAUUAUUUUUUUUUAUUUCUAAUUAAUUUUGCAAACGAUAUAGAUUUUGUGUAGCUUCAUGACUUAUAAUGAAAUUUACUUCCACUGUGUGGCACUAAAAAAAAUGGUGAAAAGGUCAAGGGGGGGUGAAUACUUACUUACACAAAGGCACUGAUUCUCUUUACAGAAAUGAUCUCUCUCUCUCUUUUUUUUUUUUUUUUUAAAAUGUUCUAAUCAGUGCACCAGGGUGUCAGUCUUUCUUCACAAAGGCCCUGUGUGGCUGUGUGGUAGAAUUACAUAACUUAAUGGCUGUUCCACUUUUGUGGUUAAUCAGAAUAAUCAAAUUAGGGAUGUCGUAUUGUGGGUCAGGAAACUGGCGCGCACUUUCUUAAUCGGCUUUAGGGAUUUAUUAUUUAUUUGUAGAACAUAAGACCGACUCCGUGCACCAACGUUUAGAGCAGUUUAUGCUAAAUCUGUGUUUUUUUUUUUUUUUAAAAAUGAUCAUCAGCUUGGAGUGUAAACGGGGCAAAGUACACAUGUAAAAAAUGUUUUUUUAUCAUUUUCUUCUAGACUAUUCAUCAGUUCUUUUUCGCGUUAUAGCAUAUAAUAUUUGAUAGCCAGCCCAGCAAUUAAAAAUGAUUUGUUUAAUACUUACUCUACAGUAAGUAAGUAAGUAGACAAACAGGUGAACAUGGCUCUGAACGAGAAUGGGAAAGGAAGGAGGAGGAGGAGGAGGAGGAGGGAGCAGGAACCAGCACAGAUCCAAUUAGAGGUGCACAAUUGAAUGUGACUGUGAUUAAAGAGCCCCUAUUGUCCUAUAUAAACGUGUCUAAUUUUGUUUUUAAAGUCUCAUACGAUAGGUUUACAUGCAUCCAAGGUCAAGAAUCACUUUAAUGUGCUCAUCGCAGCAUCGCCUCUUUUUCUCAGGGUCACGAACGAUUCGCUCAAGGAUCGCUCCGUUCACUCUAAACUCCUCCUUUCAGAGAGUCUACUCUGCUCUGAUUGGUCCGAUGUCCCAGUCUGUUGUGAUUGGUUUAUCGCUUACAGCGUGCGUCGGAAAGGAAACGCCCAGGACCCCAUCCGAAUUUCAGCUCGGUAUGAAUAACUUCGAUUUGAGCCCGAGUCUGACAGUGAUGCAUCGGAAGAUCGACCCGAACCCAAACCACCGUCACAAGCACGACGAGAGCAGGAUGUUCGUCACUGGCGAGUUCAUAUGUAGUUUGGCAAUAACGGGAGUUACUGUAGGCGGUUCGCAGAGGUAACUUGGUGGUUAAGGCAGGGGUGUCCGGUUCUAUCCGGAAAGGGCCGGUGUGGGUGCAGGUUUUCAUUCCAAUCAAGCGGAAGCCACACCUGA